CUCACUGCUGCCUUAACCGGUUACCUAGUCCAACCACCCAGUCCUCCUCGCGUCCGCGCCUUUGAUUUCUUUUCCCUUUUUUUUUUCCCCUCCCCCCCUCCUCCCAUCGAUCGAAGGUUGACUGUGGCCGCGACGAUAUAGAUCCCUCGUUCCGGGAUAACUCGUUCAACGUCGUCAUUAAUCGAAAGAUUUAUCGGUGUAUAUCACGCGGCCGUGUUCGAAGAGAAUGCUUAUACUCGGAGAAUCCGUUGUCGAGCAUCCGGUGCUCUGAAUUAAGUUAAACGGGAGUGAUUCUUUUCUUCGAGGAGAGAAAUCCUUUUUUUUUUUUUUUUUUUGCGAACGUGGUGAAAUACAUCGAGAAAGUGAUAGCAAGUGCAAGAAAGUGUCUUUGAAUAGAAAUAGAGGAAGGAGAGGGAAGGAAGAUUGAUGAGUUGAGAGAGGGUCGUCGAAAAGGGGGUUGUACACACGCACGUGGCAGAGGAUGGAGGACGAGGAGACCGAAACCGAUCGGUCGAUCGCCGAGACUCUCUCCAAAAGUAUCGGAUUCCGACGAAUCGAUAUACUCCUCGAUCACCCUCAAAAGGUCUAUUACAGCGGACAUCAGAUCUCGGGGAACGUCCACUUGGAGCUGGACGAGCCGACCAACGCUUUGGGAAUUAGGCUAAAAUGCAAGGGGGAGGCUCAAGUGUAUUUCACCGAUCGAUCAGCUGGCAUUCGACGUAAGUUUUCAGCGUUCGAGAGUUAUCUCCACGUGGAAACGUAUGUUGUCGGCGAUGGUAAAGAAAAAUCUGUGAUAACUGGAGGCGUGUACCCGUUCAGCCUAACGCUCCCGGAGAAGUUGCCGUGCAGCUUCGAGGGCCGAUACGGACGAGUACGAUACUCGAUUAGAGCAUUGUUGGACGUAACGACCAUUUAUCGGUUUUCCACCAAUAUUAUUCCAUUCACGGUGGCUCCUAUUCUUGACCUUAAUCGAGAUCCUCUCGCUCCCUUGCCUAUAAAUAUCAAACAAUCGAAGAUGUACAUCGGGCAAACAGAACCCCUCACCGUGUCCAUGUCACUUCCGGUUCGAGGCUACGUCCCUGGCCAAGCUAUACCGAUCACCAUACUCAUGACGAACCUCUCCACAGUUGUGGUUACCAAAAUUAGAAUCGUAUUCAAAAAAGUAACCCUCAGUUUCCUCGUGGUGUCUUAUCACUCAACGGAAAAGUCGCGUAAGCACAAAGAGAUCAUAGUAGAAGUAGAACAGCCCGUUAAUAAAGACUCCGAUACGUACGACGUCACGUUUGACGUUCCUGCAGUACCACCCACCGGGAUGAUCCACUGCAACAUCAUCGACGUUCUGUACACGCUUAAAGUCGAGGCCUGCGUAGACGUGAGCGAGUGGUACUACAGAAUGUUUCAGAAGAACUUGAAACUGCGAACAAAUAUAGUAGUCGGCACUGUGCCGCUUCAAAAUUACGAGACCCCGCAAAAAACGACGGACGUGGCGGAGGAUUUUUCGCUUCAUCCCCAAUGUGCCACGGCCACGGAAGAACACGAGGACGACACGCAGCCGUUGAAAAACUCCGAGAGGGCGGAGAGGGGGAGGUCGAGUUUGUCUCCAGCAGUACCGUUGUACGAGAAAAGUCAAAUAUAUCGAUCCUCGAAACCGGACAAGGACGAUCCCACGGGAGACGAUGGCGAUAGCGACGGAGAGGUCAAGCCGUACUCGCCUAUGUAUCGCGUGUACAAAUUCAAAUCAUCUUUGAAAAAGGCUCUUUAAAGGCAUAGAGAAGAAAGAGAGAGACAGGAUCGUUCGAUUGAUCGUUGAAAUCGUUUCAACGUGUCCGCAACGGAUAUUCACGGAGAGGAGAGGAGAGGAGAGGAGUAAAAAAAUUGUGAUGAUUCAUCGAAAGUAAAAGAGAAUUGCCGUUUCCUGAAAAAAAAUUUUAUACAUUUUAAGCGCACGUGGAAAAAUAUAAAUACGUACGCGAACGAAUUUCACGUCCAAUUUAACGCUAACGUAUCGAUCGACCGGUUGCCUUCGAAUUCUUGUUGCCUUUCGUUUCUUAUUUUCUUACGCGGAAAAAGGAGGGGAAAAAAAGAAAGUAACGGGGGGAAAGGAUUAUUAGAACGGAGGAGAAGCACAGAGUGAGAUAUUAAAAUCCGUUGGGACCAACCUGUGCAGCUAAUUAAAUCCCGUGAUCACGCGAGCAACUCGCGCAAGUAAAGUUAUUCUAUAAUAAUUGUUCGAACAGUGAGCGAGCUCCCGAUACCAAGUUUAUGAAAACACUUAACGACAUGUAUUGCUUUAAAUGUUCAAUAAAAAUAUUCUCGAGUCGAA